AUGCUCAAUAUCAAUGAACAGAGAAGCAGCAUGAGCGAUGAUAACAGUACCAAUAUCCGAGUUCCCGGCCAGCUUAAUACCCACCUCCAAUCCAGAUCAAGCGCCAUCGAGUCGCCGGUUCUUUCCGUUCAACAUGGGGGUGGUAACGCGAUGCUUACCCCGAACGUUAAUCGGGGGACCAACAUACGAUCGAGCUCCACCAUUCGCCCAAUUCCCGGUAAUGCUGCCUCGAUAGGACCGAAUGCUGUUGAAGGCCCUGCCAGUUUCAAUUCGACAACCCGGGCUAUGAUCUCAGCCCCGCUAUCGUCCACCUUCACAACUAAUUCUCCGAUGGACGUACGGAACGGCCAAUUAGAGUCUCUUGAGAAAAGACUCGCCAUCGAGAGAAAAAUACAAGCCGGUGCCGAGAAUCUUCUUCUAGUCCUGGACUCGAAAAAGCCAAAGGAUGCGAAAAAGGCCAGGGCAGAAGCUGAGCGUGCUCUCAAUGAAGCCAAUGUCAAGAUUGACCAGCUGACCAGUCAAGUUGAUAUUAUUCACUCCCGGAAUCUAAAGCAACAAUCUGAGUCAAGGACUCGGAUGGCUAGUAAAUUUCGUGGAGAACCUCUGCUCCCAGUCCCACCCGGAAUUGCCACACCAAUAGGAACUGCUAUCAGCGAAGAAAUACUAUCUAGUGAAUCGCCCACCUGGUCAUUGUCGGAAAUACUCCAGUCUCUAGAAGAAAGGGGACAGCGCCCAGAAAUCUACGUCGAGAAAGCGAACACUCUUGUGCAUCUCCUCAAACGGCACCAGUCUCUCAAAUAUGACUUGGAAUGGUCCGCUUUUGGGAAGCGGGUGCAGUUCAUGUUAACCCAUGAAAGUCGUGAGGUAGUGUCCGCGGGAUAUAGGGUAGCUAGGUAUUCGAUUGCCGAUAUUCGAUCGCUGCAAACAAUCAAAGAGCUUAAUACGGAUAUCAUCGUAAUCAACUCAUUGGCGAAGGAUCAUACAAGCCCUGAUGCUCGCUCUAGUGUUGAGAGGGAACAGGCCCUCAAAUUCGUGCGCGCCUUUCUCGAAAUACCCGGUGGUGCAAAAGAGGUAUCGAGGGCGGUUGCUAGAGCCCUUGUUUCUUGCGCAGAGCAGAGCGACGACCGUCUCCGGGCUAUGUGCAUAGAAACUUUAGCAGAAAUUCUCAUCUUUGAACCUGCAUUAGCUGUUGCAGCCGGUGCGGUCAGGAUAUUGGCCCAGGUGCUCGCUGACGGCCCUGCGGAGCUAUCUGAUUGUAUUGUCGUUGCCUUUCUUUACCUUCUUGAUAUGCCAACGACAAGACAGUACAUCCGACCUGGCCAUGACCUUGAAAUUGUUUUCUCGUCCUUCACAGAUUCGUAUGCCAAGGCCACCAUAAGCGAUGAUAAGCUAAGGUCCUGCGCCAGAGUGAUAAGUUCCGUGUUUAAAUCUUGGCCAGGUGUGCUCGCAUUGUCCAUGUAUGGCUUGCGGACAGUUAAAUCGCUAGUGGAAUCCCUGAAAAUACCCCAUAUUGGGGUCAGACCCCCAUUAUGGUCCUCGACCUUCCUCGCUGGAAGACGACUAACUAGUGAGCUUUCACAAAGCCGAGUAUACUCUUUGUUUAUAAGUGCUGACCACUCGCUAGCAUACGGCCGUGUCGCAAAUAUGAAGGUAUUUGAGUCGACCUUGCCAAUCAUUGAAGACAAAGAAAGGAUUAAUCUGGUUGACCAUUUCAACGCACUUCUCCUUGCGAUAUUCUCUGAGUCUGGCCUUCUGGAUGUAAGUAUCCGUAGAGCACCACGCUCCUGUAAAGAGGCCACUAAUGGAGAACAGUCUCUUUUGAUAAUACUAGAAGAAGAGGAUGGCGACCCUGCUAUCGUGAGAAAGUCCACCCUUCUCGUUGGUGAGAUCUUGAAGCUUUCGAAUCGUCUUCUACCCCGAGAUCUCAACACCCGUCUGCAAAUGCUUCCAAGUUUGUUUCGCUGCGCUUCUAAAUUCGAUAAUAUAGCGAGGAAAACAGCUACUUCUGCUGUUUAUCAAAUCGAUUCUUUAAACAGAACCCUCCACCGGACUGGCAACCAUGGGGGCACCCAUGCGACCCGGCAAUCUUUGGAUGAUGGCAGCUCCGCAAGGCAAGUGGAGCAAGUCAAGCUGAAGCUUAAUUUGCAAAUUGACGAACCGCACUUCCGGAGCCUAAUCCUAGACUCUCAGAUUCUCACCACAAAAAACCACACGAAAUGGAAGAUGGAUGCUCUUUUAGAAUUAGUUCAGGGCUCGUUGUUGAACCCCAAGCGUUUGGAUGAGGCGCUCAAGGGAACCAAGUUUCUGAAACGACUUAUGUCCUUUUUCCGGCCGUUUAAAUAUCGAUUCUCGGAGGUUAAGAAUACAAAACCAAAUCUUCGACUUGUUAAAUUAGGAUGCUCUCUCUUCCACACUCUUCUUCAGAAUCCUGAAGGGGUCAAAUACUUAGCGGAUCAUAAAGUACUCCGCCAGAUCGCAGAAUGCUUAGCCCAGCUGGAUCCUAUGAGUGGGAUAACGUCCCCGGAGCCUUUGUUUUCUAAGGCUAGGUUGCAGGAAACACUUUGUUCUGGUUAUUUUAUGUUCCUUGGCGUUCUUAGCACGGACCCUAAUGGGAUUGCGAUGAUGGAACGGUGGAAGAUGUUCAACAUGUUCUAUCAUAUCAGCGAGCUCCGGAGUAGGGACGACCUCAUGUUCUAUUUCAUAUCUGCUAUGGACUUUACGACUGAUGGCCACCCUCGUAUUAUUUUGUCAAAGGCUCUUACUACGGGGCCUCGGGCCGUGCGUUUAUUUGCGACAAAUCAUUUGCGUAGCUUGGUCGAGGGUUGUCGAACGCCCCCGCCGAACCCUCUGAUGCCCCCAAGUGUAACGACGACAAAGUCAACAGAGACCUCACAAUGGGCGAUCCGCCUAUUGGUUACGCAGCUAUAUGACCCUGAUGUUGAAGUUUGUAAAACUGCUGUCAAGAUACUUGAGGAAGCAUGCAACGCCAGAACUUCACUUGAAUACGUUGUUCAAUGCCGCCCGGCUCUCGAUCAUCUGGGGGAAAUUGGCGCGCCGCUUUUACUUAGAUUCCUAUCAACCUCUGUGGGAUACCACUACCUCAAUGAACUAGACUAUAUUAACCGUGAGAUGGAUGACUGGUUUCAUGGGAGAAAUGACGUAUACGUCGACCAAGUCGAAGCGUCCCUUGCCCGUGCUUUUUCCGAUGGUGAGAGAUCUGGAGCCACUCAAGAGCCAGCUUCGUUUUCAGACGCGGAUUCCAUUGGAUAUGUUCCACCCCACUUCUAUCGUGAACUCGCUAAAACCGAAGAAGGUUGUAGACUGCUCCAAGAAAAGGGGCACUUCGAAGAAUUUGCGAUGUUUGUGAAGGACAAUGCCGAUGAAUACGAGGACUUCGAAAUUGUCACUAAGGUAAAGGGGUGUUUAUGGGCUAUUGGAAACAUUGGAUCCUUGCCUUCGGGGGCACCAUUCAUCGAGAAUUCCGAUAUUGUCGAGGAUAUUGUCUCUAUAGCCGAGGCGUCUAAGGUAUUAUCUUUGAAGGGAACAGCAUUUUUUGUCAUUGGGAUGAUCUCCCGCACUAGUAGCGGACUCGAGGUUUUAGAUGGUUUUGGUUGGGAUGCCAAAGUCACCGACAUGGGUGAAUUUAUUGGCUAUUGCCUUCCUAAGAGACUGGAUAAUCUACUUUCGCUUCAAACCUGGGAUUUUGCCUCUGGCGAAACAAACCCGAGUGGACGAAUCACCACCUACUCUAUCCCUGGAGUUGAUGAAGCACUUCUCCAGAAGGUUCUCAUAUCUAUGACGAAUCUAAGCAAUCACAUUCUAGCAAACGAGGCCUCGAGAGAGCUUGUAAAGUUGAAGCAAAGCCACCCUGAUCUGUUCCAAUCUCCUGAGGUAUAUUGCCAGGCCUUGCGAAUUCUGGAGUCAUAUAGAUACAGGCUCCCCGUCAGACGGUUCAUAUUAGAAAUUUUUGAACGGAAGUGUGUCGAUACGGUCGUGAAGGCUCCGCCUAAAACGGGCGGGGCGAAUGGCAUCGUAUCCGCGGCGUUCACCCCGCCGGCGCCGCCCCCACUCCCACAGGUGCAUAUCUCGUGA